AUGAGCUGGGAUUAUAUUGCCAAAAUCGUCAUGAUUGGAGAUUCAGCAUGCGGAAAGUCGUCCCUGACUCUAAGACUGACUGAUGACACAUUCAGCGAGUUCCAUGAUGUCACUAUAGCCGCGGAGAUCGGCUCCAAGGUGGUAGACAUUGACGGAAAGGAGAAAAUGAAGCUUCAGAUCUGGGACACGGCAGGGCAGGAGCAUUUUCGGGCCGUGACCCGGUCGUAUUUCCGCAACGCUGCGGGCUGCUUGCUGGUCUACGAUAUCACGCGCCCCAAGACGUUUGCCAACGUGCAAAUGUGGCUGGGGGAGUUGCGGGAUCAGGCUGACGAAGAUAUCAUCAUCAUGCUGGUGGGCAACAAGACGGACGUUGGAGCGCGUCAGGUGGAGGCUGAGGAAGCCCGAAAAUGGGCAGAUGAAAAUGGUCUAGCCGGGUUCAUUGAAACGUCAGCCAAGACAGGAGACCAGGUACUAGAGGCGUAUCAGCGGGUGGCUCAGAAGAUCCACUCCAAUAUCAAGACUGGCAAGACCAAUAUCAAUGAUAAGAGAUAUGGAGUUCGUGCAACGACUACUGGAGGAGCUCAGCAGCUGAAUUUGGACGAAGGCGAUGUUAAGAAGAGUGGAUAUUCAGCAUGCUGCUAG